AUGAUUGAGCUAGGGUUGAGCCGCGUCUCGCGUCUCAUUCAGACACCACUGCCAUGGAAAGCUAUUCACAUUGCCGGUACUAAUGGCAAGGGGUCAAUUAGUGCCUACCUUUCGCAUAUGUUAUCCGUUGAUGGAGUUCGCUGUGGUCGCUUUACCUCCCCGCACCUGAUUGACCGUUGGGACUGCAUCACCAUCGACGAACGAGUCGUUCAAGAGUCCCUCUUCCGACAGAUCGAGUCCCAAAUCAAACAACGAGACCAUAAGCUAGGCAUUGGAGCCUCCGAAUUCGAGCUUUUGACUGCAACGGCCUUUGAAAUAUUCAACCAUGAACAAGUUGAAGUCGGUGUGGUGGAGGUGGGCAUGGGUGGUCGCUUGGACGCCACCAAUAUCCUAGACCAGAGUGAUGUGCUGGUUUCAGUCAUCGCCAAGAUUGGUAUGGAUCACCAGGCGUUCCUCGGUUCUACAAUCGAAGAAAUCGCACGCGAAAAGGCUGGCAUUCUGAAGCCAGGAGUGCCUUGCGUGGUUGAUCAGACCAACGAAUCUGCAGUGCUGGAAGCAGUAUCAAAGCGUGUCGAAGAACUCGGUAUUGACGCUCAGUUUGUCUCGCCCGACAGGCUCUGUGACUCUCUCCCCCGCGAACAACUUACCCAGAUUUUCCAGAAGCUGGAUUCCGAACCCCAUCAACGACAGAAUAUAUCCUGUGCAGUAUCGGCCUUGCAUCUUGCCUUAUCCAAAAUCCGACCUGGGGCUGGGACGCGUGUCUCUACACUUCUUCCCUCUCUUGCGGAUGUUAAAUGGCCGGGGCGUCUAGAGCACAUCGCCCUUGGGCCUCUUAUCGGUCGUCCUGAAGCGGUUCUGUUAGACGGUGCCCACAAUCCACAAUCUGCCGAUGUUUUGGGCAAGUAUGUUGAUCGCAAACUGCGACCUCGACCAGAAGCAGAACGACCGUCUCAUGCGGUGACUUGGGUCAUUGCCGCCUCCAGUGGGAAGGACCUUGCUGGUGUCUUUCAGUCGAUUAUUCGCCCUGGUGACCAUGUCGCAACGGCAGAAUUUGGCCCUGUUGAUGGAAUGCCAUGGGUAAAAUCAACCAAUGCCAUUGAACUCGCAUCUGCUAUUCGAUCUAUACCAGGCAUAGGCCAAGUGGAGAGUUUUGAGGGUGAUGAACAGUUGCUCGCCGCGAUGCAAUGGGCGAGCCAGACAGCCCAAGGACAACCACUGGUCAUCGCUGGAAGUCUGUACCUGGUUUCUGAUGUGCACCGCUUGCUCCGCAAUUCUCAAUAA